AUGGAGCACGAUGGGCAAGGUAACCGGUAUGGCGAUGAGACUGCGAUGGGCAGCGUCAUGGCACCUUUGGUGCAGGCAGCCUUCCACCGCUACCACUGGUCCCGCUGCAGUGGUCAGGAACUGAGGCGAUACAUCCAUUCCUAUGAUUGUCUGCUUGAUGACCCUUUUGAACAUGAUUGGCCCAAGCUCCCAGAACUUCCAGGAAUAAAUUACUCUAUGGAUAAGCAAUGUCGUUUUGAUUUUGGUGUUGGUUACAAAAUGUGCACUGCAUUCCGGACAUUUGACCCGUGUAAACAGUUGUGGUGCAGUCACCCUGACAACCCCUACUUCUGUAAGACUAAAAAGGGACCCCAGCUGGAUGGCACAGGGUGUGCUACUGGGAAGUGGUGCUACAAAGGACACUGUAUGUGGAAAAACACCAAUCAGCAGAAGCAAGAUGGCAACUGGGGCUCCUGGACCAAGUUUGGCUCCUGCUCCCGGACAUGUGGAACUGGUGUCCGUUUUAGGACCCGCCAGUGCAACAACCCCACACCCAUCAAUGGUGGGCAAGACUGCCCCGGCGUUAACUUUGAGUACCAGCUUUGUAAUAUGGAAGAGUAGAAGCACUUUGAGGACUUUAGAACACAGCAGUGCCAGCAGCGGAACUCCCACUUUGAGUUCCAGAACACCAAGCACCACUGGCUGCCACAUGAGCACCCUGACCCCAGGAAACGAUGCCACCUGUAUUGCCAGUCACGAGAGACAGGGGCCACGGUGUCCAUGCGGCAACUGGUGGCUGACGGUACACGCUGCUUUUAUCGGGACCCGCACGGUGUGUGUGUGCGCGGCGAGUGCGUGAAAGUUGGCUGUGAUAAAGAAAUUGGUUCCAACAAGGUUGAGGACAAGUGUGGUGCCUGUGGAGGAGACAAUUCUCAUUGUCGCACUGUAAAGGGGACAUUUACGAGAACUCCCAGGAAGCUUGGGUACCUUAAGAUGUUUGACAUCCCUCCUGGGGCUAGACAUGUGUUAAUCCAAGAAGAUGAGGCUUCCCCUCACAUUCUUGCUAUUAAGAACCAGGCUACAGGCCACUAUAUUUUAAAUGGCAAAGGGGAAGAAGCCAAGUCACGGACCUUCAUAGAUCUUGGCGUGCAGUGGGAGUACAACAUUGAAGACAACAUUGAGACACUACACACUGAUGGACCCUUGCACGAUCCUGUUAUUGUUCUGAUAACGUCCUACACUCGCCACCACUACCUCAAGUUGACAGGGGUGCUGGAAGCAGCCCUGUGCCAGUACCCAAAAGUCGUAUUUGAAAGCUACAAAGCCUGA